UUUUCUUCCUGCUCCGCUGCAGCUGCUCGGCGAAUGAAUGGCAUCCUUCUCAGCAUCACGUAAACGCCGACGGGGGGGAGCGAAAGCAUCUUCCACUCGUGUUCGCCUCGGACGGAGCAGGCGGAAAACCCCACUCCGUCUAUGAUUAAUUUAUACCUUUAUCACACAGCAGGUUGCAGCACAUCUGAUCGUUUUUACGAAACGGCUCGGUGUCCGGCCGUAUGAAUAAAAAAAGAGAAUACCCCCUUUUGUCGGUGACAGAGACUCACCGUUCAAACAGCAUGCAAUAAUUCCAUUCAAUGAAGGAACCGGAGCCGGGAAAGACAGCAUGAAGUUACAAAUAUCCGGUCUUGUGUUCGCAAUGGCAGUAGCCUAUGCAACGAUAGAGGCUCCUGAAGAGUUUGUCUCACUAGCUGAGAUGGAGGACACGUUGUUGAGGAAUCUUUUUCCGGGGUAUCAGAAGUGGGUGAGACCUAUCCUUCACGCCAACGACACGAUCACCGUUCGCUUCGGUCUGAAGAUCUCGCAGCUGGUGGAUGUGGAUGAAAAGAAUCAACUAAUGACUACAAAUGUCUGGUUGUGGCAGGAGUGGACAGACUAUAAGCCAGUGUGGAAUCCAGAAGAUUAUGGUGGAAUCACAUCCAUCAGAGUGCCCUCAGAAACCAUUCAUAUCCGAGCGGGUGAACCCGCAGCCAUAAUCUCCCGUGAGCUCUCGGAGCAAACCAAGGGUCACAUGCACGCGGGGGACAUCACCUACACCGUCCGAGCCAUGGGUCACCUGAUCGACCUGCUGGACGUCCAGCUCAGGAACCUGACCCCCGGAGGAAAGGACAGCGCCGCCCGGAGCCUCAACAAGGCGUCCCGGAUCGAGUCGAUCCGUAUCCGAUCGGACGGGUCUGAGCAGGACGGGUUUUUCCGUACCGAAUCACACCUCAGCCGUCUGUUUAAAAAUAGGUUUAACUUGGGCGAAGAGAAACUCUCGCCAUCCUGA